AUGAAUUAGGAUUCUCUAGAAUAUUCUGUUGAAAAACAUUGGAAAUAUAUUUAUGUAGUGAUACUCUUUUUCUCCUUAUGUUCAGCUUCAGUUAUACCGAUAAUCUACGUAUAUUCACCUAAGUGUAGACAUCAUCCAGCAUAAAUUAUUUUAAUAUUAUGUAUGAUCUUUUAUAUUUUAGGUAUAUUGGAAAUGAUAACAUGUUAUUAAUGGUUUUUAGAUAGUGUUCAUUUUGAAGAGUUAAUUUAAUUUUUAAACACAAUCAUAGGUUAUAAUAAAAUAAGGGAAUAUUAUUUAUUUGGUUAGGGUGAGAUAUCUGAUUAAACAUUAUGUUCAAUAAACCAGAGUUUAAUAAUAUUUGGAUUCUUAGCACAACUAAAUUAUUAUGCAAUUCUAACAUUAGAUUUUAUACUUACAUUAACUAAACCUUUCUUGAAUACUAAAAUGAAACAACUUUCAUAUAAUUUAUUUGUAUGUUUAGUUACAAUAAUAAUGUGUUAUUUUGAGAAGGACUCUCUCUAUGGGAAUUGUAAAGGAAUAAAUACUAGAAAUGUCUCUGACGUGUUUAAACUUUAGUUGUUGACAAUAACUAUAUUAUUAGUUAUAUCAUUUUAUGUAGGUUAAAAGGAUCUUAAUAGAAUGAACAAAAUCAAUAUUGAUGUUAAAGAAAAUAGGAGAAAAUUAUUUUACAAUCAUAUAGUAUCCUAUUUUUUUAAAUAUAUUUAGUACUUAUUUUUCACUCUAUUUAUAAUAUGGAGUUUACCUUAAUUAAUAGCAUUUCUAAGUGAAUAUGUCUUAGUACAUUAAAUAAUGAAUAGAAUCUAUAUAGCCAUAAUGUUAUUGCAUCGUAUCAUUAUACUUUUUACAGUUAGCAACCAUAUUAUUAUAGAUCCGACUUCGAGAACCUUAUUUUAAGAGUAGAACUCUACUUUUACUUGCAACAAUCUUUUGCAAAAGAAAGUGGAAAGAAAACAAAGAGUAUAAUAUGUUAGAUAUUUUUAUAGUAAAAAUGUAGAUGAUUGCAUUAUGGAGUAAUGUUAACUACCUCUAAAUAAGUUAGUUUAAGUUUAAACCAAUUAAGAGACAGUUUCUAAUAUUUUAAGUUCAAUUCUAAAAAUUGUAAGUUACGAUGAAAGAAUAACUGAUUUACAUAAACAAUGUAAAUACAAGAAAUAAUUCACUUAUUCAUCCAAUAAGAGUGAUCAAUUUUAAAUUGAUUAAGAAUCUCCUUUAUUAAAUUCAAUUAAUUAUUCAUUAGAAUUAACAUUGACAUUUUAAAUUGAAGAAUAUGCUCCUGCAAUAUUUUAAGAUAUUAGAAUGAAAAAUGGUAUAUGUUAUAAACAAUUUUUAAAUUCUUUAAGACUAGAUUAUAAUUAAGAUCAAAUUAAAAAUACUCAAGAAUCUCUAGGUAAAAGUGGAUCAUUCUUUUUCUAUACCUAUGAUAAUGUUUUUGUAUUGAAGACUAUUACUUAAUCAGAAAUUAAAUUAAUUUAUGAUUGUAUAUUAUUUAUUUAUUUAAUUUUAUAGUUUUGGAAGACUAUUAUAAAUAUAUAAUUAAAGAUUAAACAUUUUUGGCUAAAUUUUAUGGAUUAUAUUCAAUUAGCAUAGAAGGUUUUUCCUAGAUUCAUUUAUUACUUAUGGAGAAUAUAUUUUAAAAAAUACCUCAAGAAAGAGUAGUAUAUGAUUUAAAAGGAAGUCUUGUGAAUAGAAAAUAAAAUGUCAAAAUGAAUUAAGUUGUUGAUCUUACUAGUUCAUAUGCAUAAUAUUUACCUUCAAUGGGUGUUUUAAAGGAUUAAAACUUUAUUACAUCUACAGAUAUAUUUAUAUAAUUGAAUUAGCAAAAUAGAGAUACUUUAUUUACUAUUUUAAAAGAUGAUAUUGAAUUUCUUCUUAAAAAUAAUAUAAUGGAUUAUUCUUUGAUUAUUGCUAUUUUUAAUAAUCAAAUUUAAGAUGAAAAUCGAAUAUAUUGUAAUAGUAAUAAAUGCUAUUGCUUUGGUCUCAUAGAUUAUACAUAAAAGUUCACUCUCAAAAAGAAAUUAGAAUUCUUUUAUAAGUUUCAUGUUAAAAGAAAGGGUUAAAAAAUUUCAUGUGUUGAUCCAUAAUUUUAUAGUUAAAGAUUUCUUUCAUUCAUUAAUAGUAUAAUUGCUAUUAAUGAUUUGGCAUGA